GGGUUCAACUGAGCAUGCGUUCAUCGGCUUAGUCUGGGAAGACUGACUCAUAAGUCAAAUCAGGAUUGUAGUUUGUAAUUUUGUUGGUGGUGGGGAAACUGGGAAUCACAAGAAGUGCAGACAGCAGACGGAGUCGAAUCCUGGGAGAAACUGAAUAGUCCUGCUAGGCCUAUUAACCUCAGACUGCUGCAUUGACGGCAAAACAGGUUGCAACCUUCAUGCACCAAGCCGUGGAAGGAAGUAGGUCUCAACUAAUGGCAGUUGGAAGAAUAGCUACACAUGCAUAAGCGGGAGAGAUGAGCAGACGAAACGCCCCUUUUGGCGGGCUUUUCAGUGUCAGCUUUUCCUUAGUGGUUCUUCUCUGUCGCACGCAUGCGAUACGCGGAACCGAACACGCUGGCGACUUUCGUGCGCAGGGCAGGAUCUGCCUGUACGUGGACCUCCAGCAAGAAUUCGACCGGACGGUCAGGGCCGUCAAGGAUGUCCUUGAUCUCUCGGACAGCAGCCACCAAGAGAAACUGAACCAUACCAUCUACAAGGGCCUGCUGAACCAUGUGAUCGGACAGUCCAUCCCCUACCCGACGGAAAUCCAGGGCGGAGUGCCCGAGGCGGACGCCGCGGUCGUCAGAGAGCUGGAGGAGGCAGGAUUUGUGGUUUUGGCAAAUCUGGCCAAGAAAGACUACUCUGCUCCUGGCGGAAGCGCAUCUGUCAUCACAGAGCCAGUUUCUGUGGAAGAUGACAGGCCGCAUCCUGAAGUUAUUCCGCUCUCGAAGCUAGACGGGGUAGUGGCGGGGUCACCAUGUGACAAAAUAUCUCCUCAUAUUGAGGAUGGCAAAAAUCAGGGGUCACUUUCUGAGGGCCCUGGCCCUACUUCAACUCACGCACAAUCUCGCAGCUGUCAAACAACUCAAGCGGACCUCACCCGGACAAAACAAGAUACCCCUUGUGCCAUCCUUAGAGAGUAUACGCUGCAAAAUCCUCAUUCGAAGGAGCCGACUCCGGGCACACCAUCCAUCUUCGGAGCUCAACAAAACCAUCCAGACUACAACCUGGUCUUACAAACUGUUUCGAACUCGCCGCCAGAGGGCGUUCGUUCGUCAGAAGCCAGUAAGCCAAUCAGAGUAGGAGCGGCUCCGGAACAUGGACAACUUCCCUCCGUCAACCGGGAUGGUCGCAGCCGAUUGGUGAACAGAGAAGGGGUCCCUAUCAUCGAGGAUGAUUUGUAUUGGUCCGCUGAAAUUGACGAGGCGACUCCGAAAGGAGUUAGUCAGCAGGAACUGGGUGAGUGGAAGGAUCGAUUAUCGAAACAGUCGGUUCGAUCUUUCGAACCGGGCGGCCUCGAAAAAUGCGGCCGGGAGAAGAACCGUUUCAUCGUGCUGGAGGACGGCACGAAAUUGUGCGCUCGGUAUCGAUACCCGCUAAUCACCAGCAUGACAGGGGAACUUUACAGCUACCACCUAGCGCGCAUGCUCGGCAUGACCAACUUACCGCCGUUGCACCUAUCCGUAGCAACCGCCAAUAGCAGUUUCUGGCGGGGUCAGGGGUCAAACUUUCAGGAUGCCGAAUGGGAUGAUGGGAAGGUUGUCAUGCUAACGCAGUGGAUCGAGGAUCUUGACAAGGCGUUUUUGCCAGAAACGCUCGUUCAGGGGCCACUUCCAGUGACGGCCCUAAACGGUGGAUUGAGGAAUCUGACCACGAAAGAGUUGACCUCGCUGCUGCAGUGGAGUGACCUGCUACUGUUCGAUUAUCUCAUCGGGCACUUCGACAGGCUCACCAUAAACCUCUCCAGCGUUAGAUUCUACAACGACAGCGCCCUCUUGCGCUCCGAGGUCCACAACCUAGUCCAGCAUCCACACACCAAACAGUUGUGGAUUGUGGAUAACGAGAGCGGACUGCUGGACGGAUACUCUUUCCUGUCUUCCAGCGGGAGUAAGGAUGGUCUAUUGCAGGGCGAGCUGCACGAGCAGCUUUUGAGGAUGACCUGCGUGUUUCGUCGCUCCACGGCCGACAGCGUGCGCGCCUUGCUGGCCGACCCGGAGCCUGCGCGCCUCUUGACGGCCCGGGUCCUGGCGCAGGACCCGGUCAGCCGAGGGGUGUUCCCGGAGUUUGAUCGGAUCCAGAAGCACGCGGCGAUGCUGAGGGACAGGCUAACAAACAUCGAGGACUGGAUGCAGGAAUGCCAAAGGAGGAACGCUGCAGCCCUGGGGAACUUAAAUUAGUGAAAUCCAUCCAUUAUUAAGCACUGAUCGGCCAUUUUGGGUAGUUGAGGCUAUUUGGUUUACAUGUAUGUAGAAAUGUAUUGUGUAAUGCCUUGUCCGAAUUACAAGGCUAUACGGCAGCAGUAGCACACAUCAAUAAGGAAAGUGGAUUCAGUCGCUGCAAUAAACGCAAGUGUAAGUUCGAGCAGUAGCCAACUACAUUUCGGACGCGACCGUUUAAUUAUCAGCUGUGGAUAGAGCUCAACAAGCCGUCUUGUCUCUCCGUUUGUAACAGACGUUGGAUAUGGAAUGCACACCUGUGCAGUGCAUUAUACAUCACCUUGGCCAACUCCUGCCUGAGGCCCUGUGUCACAUUAAUGGGUCUCCAAUGAGGGGGGGGGGGGGGACAUUAUCAUGGUCACUAUUGCAUUGCAACGUUCAACAAAUGGGAACAUCCUUUAUUUUUAUUGACAAUAAUGACCAAGUGAGUAAUUUGUUCACUUUAAAUAAUUAUUCAACACGAAAAGGUUUGCAUUUGUACCAACAGUUUUGUUGGGAGUACAUAAAACAUUACCAAUAUUCAAAAAUACUCAGGAACAAGACAAAUUUGUAGUUUCCUAAAUUGUUUAAUUAUCUAGGUCCUUUCAUUUUCCGAAAGGCCACCGGGAUAAAUUGGCUCGCAACCACUAUAUUGUUUCUUUUUGGAAACUCCUUUAUUUUGGCCAAUUGGGCCGGCCAUACCAAUAGAGAUAAUCCUUAUCAUUUUGUAUAUACUAUAGUUAUAUGAAAUCUGAUUUGAAUCUAGUUAUUUAUUUGUCAUAGAGCAGUAUUGCACAAUUCACAAACAGCUUAAACACAAUAAAGAUAUUUUACUUAAAGGGAAUAUACAACAUUUGCAAACAUCGAAAAACAAAACUACCAUUUUUUUUUACGAAAUACCUUA